GCUCGACUUGCUUUUUUUAUACUCAAUAGACUAUAAAUGGUAGUAUUGGAUGAAAAAAGCAAUUGAAUUGCUUGACAUUUUUCAUAUAAAAAGAGACAGCGUUUCAAAGGAUUUGUUACUUCAUUCAAACAAUAGUUCUUUCCUUUUUCAAAAAUGAAGUUUUCUCUUGUCUCCUCUUGUGUCGCUCUCGUUGUGAUGGCCAUGGCAGCCGAAGCUGCUCCUUCUGGCAAGAAGCUUACCAUUCCUUUGAGCAAAAACGAAAACUACAAGCCCAAUGCUAAGGCUGCUCUCGCCAAAGCAAAGGCCAAGUACCUCAAGCAUGUUAUUAACCCUCUUCACGGUGUUCCUUCCAAUGUCACUACAGAUGGUACUGGUACUGUUCCUGUCACUGACUACGGAAAUGAUGUUGAAUACUAUGGUGUUGUUGGUAUUGGUACUCCUGAACAAAAGUUCAAGUUGGAUUUCGAUACUGGUUCCAGUGAUCUCUGGGUUGCCUCUACCUUGUGUUCUUCUUGUACCAACCAAAACCGUUACAACCCCAGCAAAUCCAGCACCUACCAAGCUGAUGGUCGUUCUUGGUCUAUCUCUUACGGUGAUGGUUCUACUGCUAAUGGUAUUCUCGGUACUGACACUGUCAACUUGGGUGGUCUCAAGAUCCAAGAUCAAACAAUCGAGUUGGCCAGAAGAGAAUCUAGCUCUUUCUCCUCAGGUCCCAGCGAUGGUCUCUUGGGUCUCGGUUUCGACUCUAUCACUACUGUCAGUGGUAUCAAGACUCCUGUUGACAACUUGAUCAGCCAAGGUUUGAUCUCUUCCCCUGUCUUUGGUGUUUACCUCGGUAAGGCCUCCAAUGGCGGCGGUGGUGAAUAUGUCUUUGGUGGCUACGAUUCUUCUAAAUUCAGCGGUGCUUUGAAGACUGUCCCUGUCAGCAAGUCUCGAGGUUACUGGGGCAUUACUAUUGGCGGUCUCUCUGCUGGCGGUAGAACCGUCGCUAGAUCUUUCUCUGGUAUUCUCGACACUGGUACUACUCUUUUGCUCUUGACCGACUCUGUUGCUGAUGCUGUUGCUUCUGCCUAUGGUGCUACUGAAAACAGCGAUGGUACCUAUCUCAUUGACUGUGACACCUCUAGCUUCUCUCCUCUUGUCUUCACUAUUAACGGUGCCACUUUCAAGAUCCCUGCUUCUGACUUGGUCUUUGAAGAUGAUGGUAGCUACUGUUUCGCCUCCUUUGCCAAGGGUGGUCUCAGCUUUGCUAUUUUGGGUGAUACCUUCUUGAAGAACAACUAUGUUGUCUUUAACCAACAAGUUCCUAGCGUUCAAAUUGCUCAAAUCUAAUAACUUGUUUAUUCACUUAUUUAUUUGAUAAUGCGAUACAAUAAAACCGUAUUUGCCAUAUUUAAAAAAUGAUCAGGUCAAUUUUAUCCAGGUGGAAGAUGUGUAGGGUCAACGGUAUCAUUUGUUUCUUGUUCUUCUUCUGACAUUGCAUGCUUAGUUUGUGGUCCAAAAUGGUCAUGUAAAGGAGACCGAGGCAUUGCCAUAACACCUAGAAAAAAGGGGUUCGAGUUCAUGAGUAAAUAAGCAUUCUAUUUACCUGUUCUUGCUGCCUCAAUAAUCCCAAAAGGCUUGCAGAGUCGCAUAAAAGACGUAAUACGUUCUGGUUUGGCACAUAACUGAACAAUCACUGAAUCAGAAGAUACGUCCAGAAUUUUACCAUGAAACAAGCGUGUCAAUUCAGCAAGGGCACGUAAAUGAUGGAAUGUAUUUCGAAGUGUUAUGUUGGGAGAUUCCUAGAUAGAAC